AUGGUGUUUGACAAGGAGGAAAGUAAGUGCCUUAUUUGAUUAUGUCUACAUUUAAGCAACUAAUUCUCGAACGAUCGGUCUACGAUUCACAGACUUGUAUUUCCUUGUCCGUUUGUGUCACUGACAUAUAGGCCUAAUAAGGAAUGUAGCCUAUGUGAUAUGAAUUUACAAUCUGAAGGCUUUUGGGAUGCAGCAAGGGCAAAUGCCACGUCUCAUUGGUCAUUGGGACUGGAUUAAAGGGCUAUAGACAACUUUUUCCACCACAAACUCACUAAAUCAGUUAUUUUUAAUGUUAAUUCAUAUUGAAAUUAUUGGGUUAAAAACAGUAUCAGUCGGGCCAUAUAGCAUCUGAAAGGGUCCCAUUCAUAACAGGCUCUGAAGUCAGAAUGUUUAGGACCAAAAUAUGAUUUAGACAUGACCUAGAGAUAAUGAUAGUCCUGUGAUAACCAUAUGAAGUUACCGUAGCCAAAGGUAAUUUUGGAACGAGUGACAAUAUUCCUUGGUCAUGUAACUGGGUUAGGGAUAGCUGUACUGUAGCCUACAUCCAAAUAUAUCUGAACUCCGCAUCUAUCUGUCUGUAGGUGUCUCCCUUGUGCCUCUCCAGUCCAAAGGGAAGCCGAGGGUCUGCGCCGGGUGCAACCGGAGGAUCAUGGACCGCUUUAUGCUCGAGGCUCUGGACAGGUACUGGCAUGAGGACUGUCUGAAGUGUGCCUGCUGUGACUGUCGCCUAGGUGACGUGGGCUCCACCCUAUACACCAGAGCCAACCUCAUCCUCUGUCACAAGGACUACCUGAGGUAAGGACUCUCAAACCAGGGCUGUGUUCAUUAGGCACCACAUGGAAGAAAACGGACUGAAACAGGGAGGGACUAUAUGAACUUUGCCAAUAUGAAAUGCUCAUUUUCGUUUUCCAUUGCAAAAUGUUUUUAAACAUUGGGUACUCUAAUGAACACGACCCCUUGUGCCUCUCUAAUCUAGCCUCCACUCCUCUGUGUUUGUAGGGAUGGGUGUAAGCAAUAUGGUGUUGUCUCAACCUAGACUUCCAAUUGAUUGAACUAUUGCCAUGUUGCUUAAACCGAUCUGAUUAUUUAGGAUUAUAUAAGGCAAAUGACCUCAGCUAGGUGAAUGGGACAGGCCAGGCAAAAAUAACAGCAUCUCCAUGUUUUGGUUAGCAGAUAAAAUAUAGAUCAGUGUUUGAGGAGCACAAAUAUUAAUACAACUAUAGUGACAGACCUGGAAAUGAAUCAUUAUGGCAUAUGAAGUUUCAUUCCAAAACGCUAUAUACCCAUUUUCAUAAAUGUUGGUAAAUUGGCUUUUGUUUUACAGAAAUUAUUAUUUUUUCACAAUUGAAUCAUGGCAUGGGGUUGUUCAAUGAAAGAUAUGUAUUUGUUUAAAAUCUAUUACUUGAUGGUUUCAUUUCAGAGAGACAAAUGUUUUUUUUGCAAAAUGCUAUAUAUCCACCUCACUCUCAGAUAAAUAAUUAGCACUGCUAAGUUUUACAGUCAAAUGCAACAAAUAACAUUUAUAAUAAAGAAAUGUACAAAUGAGAACACAUUGUGACGUCAAUAUAUAAAAAAAGUUUCAAUACAGUAAUAUGAGAUCUGUAUGUGAAACUUUUACAUUAUUCAUUUAGCAUAUGCACUUAUCCAGAGCGACUUGCAGUAAGUGCAUUCAUCUUAAGAUGGCUAGGUGCAACAACCACAUAUCACAGUCAAAUAUACAGGAUACGAACAUUCCAUUCCAGCUAAACAAUAUAGUGUUUUGCUAAAAAAAGUAUACUUUUCAUACAUCUAAACUCUAUGAAUGAAACAUCUAAGAAUAGUAAUAUUUUACACACAUGAAGGUACCCAUAAUCAAUGAUGGGGGGGGAAAAAGACAAAUGUGAAAAAUUGGUGAAUAUCACAUUUUGGAAAUAAGCUCUUCAUAUACAUCAACACACACAAAACCCUCAGGACUAUUCUAGGGUUGCUGUUAUAGAAACCCUGCGAAUAUAUUUAGCCCAAUACCAGUCAUUCAACUCAAGUGCAAGUCUCAUGUGUAAGAUCCAGCUGGAUUUGGUUGAAGCUAAGUCUCUCAUUAGCUGCAUUGCUUUUAGAGGGGGAAAACCAGUUUGACAGUUAAAUUGCCUCCUGUUUUCCUCGUCAUCACGACGAUCAGGCAGAAAGCCUUUGAAGGCCGGGAUUAAAACCAUGUGAUUUAUUUUAAUUGGACCAUUAGUGGAGAAUUAGCAUUGAGGCCCAUACCCUUGUUAAGGAGAAACACCAGGUGCAUACCAAGACCUCAUUAGCAUUGCCUUGGUUAGGCUUCAUUAGGCCUGCUUGCUUUUAGUCUCUUGUUUGCCGCUGGUCUAUGGCACUAUCAUGUCUUGUGAGACCUGAGACUUGACAUUCUGAUGCAGCUCUGUGUAGAUCCUAUGAGGGACUGCCCACUCCAACCCAUGGAUGUGGUUGUUCUCAAGGCUGCCUUCCACCACUGCAGAUUUCACCCUAUGCUACUUUUUUUUAACGUAUGAAUAAAAUAAUACGUUAACUAGGACUUAACGUAUUAUCAAAGCAGUCGGCUACCUGAGUCGUCUUCAGUUGGCGCGUAACGUAAGAAAACAGUCAAACGGAGUGAAAAGAAGAGAUAGUAUCUGCACUUGUCCAAUAAGAAACGCAAGUUUGUUUCCAAAUGAAGACAACCCACAUCAUUGCCGCUCUCUCUCUCCACCUCCAGGCUCUUUGGGGUGACUGGGAACUGUGCAGCCUGCAGUAAAGUGAUCCCGGCCUUUGAGAUGGUGAUGAGAGCCAAGGAGAAUGUCUACCACUUGGACUGCUUCGCCUGCCAGCUCUGCAGCCAGAGGUGAGAUGAGGGGAGCCUCAGGGCUAUGUUCAUUAGGGCACACAUUUUUUUUAACGUUUUGCAAUGGAAAACAAUGUGCAUUUCUUAAUUGGACAAGUCCAAGUACUCCCUCCCAGUUUCAUUCUGUUUUCUUCUGUUUGGUGCCUAAUGAAUGCACCCCAAGUUCACGCCACAUAUCUCCACAUACUGUGUAUGCCUUGAAAGCAGGCAUCAAGUGACCCUGAAAGGAAAAUAAUUAUGAUAGAUCCCGUAAACAGCUUGUUUAUGUUAGUAACAACAUACAUGUUGAGUAUCUGUUUGACUGCCUGGUGCUUUUGGAAAACGUUUAACCUAAAAGGGGGACUUAAAAGUGACGGCCUCUUUCUGAGUGUUUGAGGUGGCGUGAGCGUCAGACAAAACGGCGCAAACAACCAUCUAAGAGUUUGGGCAUAAAGCAAAUACCAAACAAUCAAAAUGUAUGAAUGCUUUAAGAUGCUGUCAUAACUCUCUGGAACAAGGUCAAACGUUGUUUUGAGCCCUAAUUUAGCCUGUCAUUAUGAGGUACUGUACAUGGUGCAGUAGGUAGCCUAGCGGUUAAGAGCAUUGGGCCAGUAACCAAAAGGUUGCUGGUUUGAAUCCCUGUGCUGGCAAGGUGGAGCAAGGCAGUUCUGCCCUUGAGCGAGGCAGUUAACCCCCAACAACAACUGCUCGCCGGACGUUGAUUUAAGGCAGCCUCCCCCGCACCUCUGCUUCAGAGGGGUUGGGUUAAAUGUGGAAGACACAUUUCGGUUGAAUGCAUUCAAUUGUGCAACUGACUUUCCCACAACGUGGCACUAGGCCUUCAUACUGUAUGGAAUGCUGCAUUUAACUAUGUCGGCUAUUCAUUUCCUUUACCCAAUGACUACUGCUUUUAAGGACUAGGGAAGUUUCAUUGGCCUUAAAUGAAGGCACUCAUUUGUGUGUGUGUCUUUGCAGAUUUUGUGUGGGCGACAAGUUUUUCCUGAAGAACAACAUGAUACUGUGCCAGCUGGACUACGAGGGGGGGCAUCAGAAUGGAAACUCUGAGAGGCAGGUUCUGUAG